CCUGAGCUGGAUAACCCAGUGAUUUGUAAGAAAAGGAGGAAGGAGGAAAAAAUAAGGAUAGGUGAAAAAAAGUGGUUUGCAGACAUUGGGUCUGGCCAUGAUGCAUCUUUAAGUGAGCUACCCCCAGGAUCUCUCUUAUUUACUUAGCCAUAGAGUAAGAUCCCCCCCCCCCCCUCCAUGCUGGAGAGCUGAGCACACUGGCAGUCCUGUUCUCCUGCUAGUGUACAGACAGGGCUCACUCUGUUUAGGUGGCACAGUUAGCUGCAAGCUGUGUCCUUCACUGAAGGGGGCAAAUGCAGCUAGAUCCCCUCCCUAAUGCUGCCCAUGUACUCUCCCCAGCAGAUCCCAGGAUGUGUGGUCGCUUGAUCCCAGCUGGACAGUGUUCCCUUUAUCUGAGGAUCAUCUGAUCUCCCCCCCUCUCUCCCCACCCCAGGGUGACAGCUGAGACUCUUGGUUGGAGCUGCUGGCUUUCAAUGGAGUAAUCUGGAGGACAUGGGACAUCCCAAAUGUGGAGUGCUGGCUUGCUGAGCUCAGGCUUGCUUUAUUGCCUUUCACUUAUUUAAUUUUGUAAUCUUUUGUUUGUUUGUUAAUUUUUCACUGGGUGGGAGGGGGUGGGGGUCUCCUCUCUGGACCAACUAAUGAAGAACAAGGGAGCUAAAACGAAGUUCAAGAGGAAAGGGUCAUCUGGAGCAUUUGGAUGUGAUCUGACAGAGUACUUGGAGACUUCAGGGCAGAAUGUCCCCCUUGUGUUGAAGAGUUGUGCGGAGUUCAUUGAGACGCAUGGCGUGGUGGAUGGCAUCUAUCGUUUGUCCGGUGUGACGUCCAACAUACAAAAACUAAGGCAGGAGUUUGGCUCCGAUCAAUGUCCUGACCUUACAAAGGAGGUUUACCUGCAGGACAUUCACUGCGUGGGCUCCCUCUGUAAGCUCUACUUCAGGGAGCUUCCCAACCCUCUCCUCACUUACCAGCUCUACAAGAAAUUCACAGAUGCGGUAUCAUGCACCGUGGAGGGAGAACAAUUGUCCCAAAUACAGAAUGUCAUACAAGAGCUGCCACCGUCACAUUACAGGACUCUGGAAUACCUAAGCAAGCACCUGACAAAUAUAGCCUCCCACAGCGCCAUGACCAACAUGCACAUUCGAAACCUGGCCCUUGUAUGGGCACCUAAUCUACUCAGGUCAAAAGAGAUAGAAGAUGCAGGAUGCAAUGGGGAUGCAGCUUUUCUGGAGGUGCGAGUCCAACAGGUUGUCAUCGAGUUCAUCCUUAACAAUGUGGAUCAGAUCUUCAACAAGAAUCCACCGUCUUCACCUAAACCAUUUCCAAGAGAUGAGUGCAGAGUGAUCGUGAAGAGCAUGACCUUGCCAUCUGGAUCAUCGCCUAUGAAGCUAGUAAGCCUGCAAGAAGCACAAGCCAUGAGCUUGUCAGCCACACAUCCUGCCCGAAAAGAGAGGAGGGAAAACAGCCUUCCAGAAAUCGUCCCUCCCUUAUUCCAUACGGUCAUCGAUCUACCUGAGAACAAGAGGAAGCUUUCCACCAAGUCUAAGAAAUGGAAGUCCAUCUUUAAUCUGGGGCGCUCUGGGGCGGAAUCAAAAUCCAAACUGAGUCGGAACGGAAGCGUUUUCGUGAGAGGGCAGAAGGAAAUGAACGAGAAAACCACCAUACGGCCUGCUAAGAGCAUGGAUUCUCUUUGCUCUCUACCUGCAGAAGGUGAGGAGGAAAAAGUCAGCCGUUUCAAACGUUCCGUGGGUUCCGGUGGCUUCUUCAUUCCAAUGCCAAAAUCACGUGCCACAGGCAGUGGGAGCUCAAUUGAUGUCAGCAAACCUGAAAGUGAAUUUGAUUCAGAAAAUGUAAUUGGAGCUACAGGAGACUCACGCACCGGGUCAGACAGAACAAACCCUAAAAUAUCCCAGUUUAAACCACCACCUGAACAAAUGAAAGUAUUCAGAGUUGGCGAGGACUUGGAGAAUGAGCAGACUUCACCAAAAAUAAGGAAGAUGUUUUAUUCUUCAAGUGAUGGCCCAGCCAAAUCAAGCUUCCCAGCCAGCCUUUUUCCUUUGGAAGCUUCUCCCAGACACCAGAGAAAAGCCAUUAACAUCUCAGAACCAUUUGCCGUGUCUGUACCACUGCGUGUGUCUGCAGUCAUCAGUAGCAAUAGCACCCCAUGCAGAGGAUCUACCAAAGAGCGACAUUUCCUGUCCAGCUUGGAAGAAUUGCCUUCAUUAGAGCCAGAUUCAGUAGCCAAAUUAACAGUUCUGGAAAUGUCCUUCAAUUCUGGACUUAAAGACCAAACGUAUACACCUAACCCAAAUGUGAAGGCAACACCUGAAGAAGGAAAGCAAUCUUCUCCAAAGUGUGCAGAUGACCAAAAUCCACCAGGCACUGUAGCAGAUGACAAGAGCAAAGACAUCAAGGAGGGUGUGUUGGAAAGGACACAGUUGCAAGACACAAGCUCCAAUCCCAAGGCAGAUGACAAACCAUCGUCUGAACACGGACCCGUGUCUAUCACAAGCCUAGAGAAAGCAAUGGGCUUGGAAUCCGUUGUCUCUGACCAAGUUGAGGCCGUAAGAAAUGACGUGGAGGAUCUCUUCGACAACGAUCAGGAGGAUGACGCAUCUAUCAAUCUGCUCGAUCCUUUGUGGUCAGAUAUACAACAAGAACUGAAGAUAAUUGAAUCCGAAGAAGAGCUUCCUGCAGAGAUUAACCAAACUUUGUUGCCGUGUGAUCAAGAGACAUCUUUACAGCUAAACAAACCUUCUGAUGGGUUUAUAUGUAUUCUUGUUUCACCAAAACUUAAUGAGGGUUACAGUGAAAAUUCAUUUGUACUAGAUAAUAUGAGUGUGAAAGAUGAAAACCGAACUCCAGACUCUGAUCCAUCAAUUCAGACAAAACUGGAAAAAAACAUUAUAACUGCUUCCUCCUCUGGUAUUCUCCAGAAUGAUGGCACUGAUCUACCACUACCUCAAGAACAGCAGCAAAAUACAGACAAAGAGCAGACGUUUAUAACCAUGAGAGAGAUGUGGCCAAAUCAUGACUUAAGCAAGGACGAGAGUAACAUGAGUUUCGUAAGUAUAAAAGGGCAUAACCCUUGUGUAACACAGGUUGAAAGUCAAACGGAAAGUGAUUGUAAAUUGGAAGUGGUUUCAGACAUUGUCUCGUUACCAAGGGAAGAUGACCAGGAAUUGAAGAGAAUAGAGAGAAAAUCGAAUGGGUCUUUGGAAAAUGAUGAGGAUACCGUGGCAGAUAGCAUACAUACUUUUGAAUUGGAUGAGUUUUGGGAAGAUCAUCAGUGGGUGACAAGUCCUCUGCACUCACCAAAACUAAAAAAUAUUCCAGAAAAAGAAGUACAAGUGAUGCAGAGAAGGGGAACAGGGGAGCUUUAUAAAAGACCAGAAUUUACUCGCAGUCUGUCAUUGGAUAGUAAGGAUAGUCGAACAAGUCAAUGGACACGUAGACAUACUGGAAUGCUUAAAGCAGAAGGAGUUAUUAGUGCUAAGAUGGAAAUCAAUAACAUAUUAAAACCAUUCUCAAAAAAUAACCUUGAACAUCGACAGUUUGACCAAAACCCUUUAGAUCUUCCUGAAUUACUAGUGCACAACGAGUCCUUUGCUGGGCAGCAAAUUGAUAGAAGGCAGAAGAACCAACCUGUAGUAGAUGUUUUAAGUAUGAAUGACAAAGGGCCUCUACAUUCUAAUCUGCUACUGUCUACAGUACCUCUGAAUUCCAAACCUAUGUUGCCUGCAGUACCUUUAAAUUCUAUUGAUUGUCCACAUGAAUUACAGAGUAGAAAUUCUUCAUCCAUGGUUUGUAAUCCAGAACCGGCAGUAAACAAUUUUAGUAGUAACACAGAAGAUCCAAACGAUAGACCAAAAACCAGACCAUCGUCUUUAACUUUGGAUUCCUCUGUAACAAGUACAUAUUUUACAUUUGAAAGUGCACCUCACCACAACUCCAACAAUCUGCAAAGGCAGCAAAUUGAGACAAUUAGUUCAGCCUCCAAAAUGUCAUCAUCUGACCGAUCCAUUCACACAACCCAGUGGCAAGAUGAGGCCUGGAUGCUUCAGCCACGUCUACAAACACAAGUAGCAGAAUUGGAUUCUGUGCCUAUAACCCAUGCACCAUCAGGUCGUCGGAACUCUGCACCUGUGAGCGUGUCUGCCAUCAGAGCCUCCUUCAUGAUCAAGUUAUGUCAAGCUAAAGCUGUGCCAGUAAUACCCCCUAAAAUUCAGUAUACCCAAAUUCCGCAACCAUUGCAGACUGUUAAUGCAGAUUCUGAGGUGUCUCUGCUUGAGAAAAAACAUGGUCCAUCUGAAUGCAAUUUUAUUCCACAACAGACUGAUACAACAUACACAGGGCAAACCAACAUUCCAAAAAGUCCUAAACCCGAGGAGAAAUCCGUGGAGGAAAAAGAAAACAAUGAUCCAAUUUCAUUGGAGUCCUCCCAACAUUCCAGUUUAAACUGCUCCACAGACACCAACCACAAUGGUGCUCAAGAAGGUCCUGUGUUACGGAGAAAGCGUACAUCAGAUGGGGAAGCUACUGGGGACACGCCCUUGUCAUCCAAAAUUGAACGACCUUCUUUGGUUUCAAAGCAUUCAUUCAGGUCCAGACCAGGAAGACCUCAAAGCCUAAUUCUUUUCAGCCCACCAUUUCCAAUCAUGGACCAUCCUUCUCCAGGUGACUCAAGAAUCCUACUAACUCCCAUAAAAUGUCCUUCUCAAACAUCUUCUCAAGAGUCUACAAAUGAAGCUCAGAGGACACCUGAUGGGGUCCUACUCAGGAACAAACUGACAAUCCCAAAAAAUGGUCAACGUCUCGAGACUUCCACAAGUUGUUUCUACCAGCCACAGAGGAGAUCUGUUAUUCUCGACAGUCGAAGUGGAAGACAAAUUGAAUAGUUGCUAUAAGCAAAUUUGUGCCUUUACAAGUACCAGAAUUAUGGCAACAUGUUUUAUGUAUUUUGCCAAAGAUUAUAUUAUUUUGUUUCCUAUGUUAUAUUUUUUAUAUUCACUUAAUUUCUCCUCUUUAUGAUUGGAUAUGUUUCGUUCCAUAUCAUAAAAUAAUUUUAAGUGUUUAAUUUAAGUAUAAGCAGAACUCUUCUCAUAAAUGUUCUUUUUUUUUUUUUUAUGGAUUCUUACAGACCUCUUCGUAAGGUUUGGUGAGUUUCUUUCUUGAUUAAGUGCUCUGCGACGACUGUACAGAUUCUUUUUCUAAAAUAUGCAGAAUUACAUAUAGCUGCAGUGCAGUUCAUAUAAUAUACAUACAACUAACCCUAAGGCAAUUAAUGACAAUCAAUGACAAACAAGGACAUGCUAUUAUAUAAGAUAGAAUGAUACAAACAUUUUGCUUUAAUUAUUAAAGGGAAACUGUCACUUCUCUGAAUAUUGCACAAAUGAAUAAAAUAAAACGUGAAAAUCAGUUAUUACUUGUGUUAACAUUUUUUUCCAUCUCAUAUUAAAGGUUUAGCAACGGACGCCACAUUUCAGUUAAGUCCUGGCAGACUCAUGGCACAUAUUGCUGUGUAUCUCAAGCUAUAAUUUAAAGGCAGACCUUAUAAAAAUGAUUGAACAGGGAGCCAACAUGAAGGCAUUCAACUCUGGAAUAUAGCUCUGUGGCAAUCUCUAUCUAAUUUUUCAGACCUCACAAAUACUUGUUUCUAAAACAUAGGAAGUUAGUGAACUUUAAAAAGUUGUGGGAAGUGGCAGUUUCCCUUUAAUAGUGGCUGCUAGUGCAUUUGGGCCUUUGAUUUGAAGCGUGAACUUAAAACCCAAAAAUCUAUAGCACUUUUCAACAUAUCUAAAGUAUAUUUGCUAUUUUUGUUUUUUAAAAUAUUUGCGAUCUUAUUUGUCAACAGCAAGAGAUUUAAAAGGAGCAGGUAUCUUGAUACUUCUUCCAAGUCAAACAUAUGGCAAGAUAACCAUUUUAGUUUAUAUUGGUUGCAUAUUAGAGAAUAAUAUUUAAAGAUUAUUUGCUUUUAUGAUAAUUUGGCUUGCCCUAAAAUUGCUCAGUUUAAAGAAAUAUUAGUGCUUGAAAGUAAGGAUCUGAACCAGGCAAUUACACAAUUUAAACUGCUGUAAAUGUUGGCUUAAAUUAUUGGAGCUCCAAAAUAACAAUUCUCUAUUUGUUUAGUGCUGUAGUCACUCUCUCAGUGUAGAUUUAUUCCCUAGACAGUAAUCCAGUAAUCCAGAACUUAAAGGGUUACUCCAAGUACCAUAACAACUUCAGUGAUUUGAACCAGUCGUGGAGUAUGUAUGUGAAACGCUGCAUAUACGGAGUUUAACCCCUUUGCUGUGUCAUUGGGGCAGCAAGACUUGCAUGCAAACUAAUGUUGAAUCUGUGCAUAAUUCUAUGCAGAGCGUUGCAUUCAUUGGCCAAGAGAGGUAAUCUGGCACUGUCAACCAAUUAAUGACCGGUGGUAGCUAUAUAGAACCCUUGGCGUCUGGCAGGGACCUAGAGAGCAGGGCGUUAUAUGUUAUCAGAGCAUUGAAAAACAACUUGCCCUGUUACCGGCAAACGGGACCAGAGUUCUCCUGGCAUCAAAACCAGUACAGCGGGCUUAUGAUAGUUAUGAUAGUUGGUGAAACCCUUUCAUUUUAAAAUUUGAGAUUUUCUUCUUCUU